AUGAUAAUAAAACGAAAACAAAAUGCUGAAGGUUUUUCAAAUUAUGUCUGUUUAACAUUACUUAUUGCUAAUAUAAUUCGUAUUGAAUUUUGGUUUGGUAAACAUUUUGAAAUUCCACUACUUUUACAAUCAAUAGUAAUGAUUAUUUGUAUGCUUAUUAUGCUUGAACUUUGGACACGUAUUCAUUCAUUAUCAAUGCGUCGUCAUCUUGAAGGAGAAGAAAGUGUUUCAGGUUCAAAAGAGAUAUUAACAGAUGAAAUAUUCGAUAAAAAAUUCACUGAUUUCGAAGUUGAUUAUUUUUGGAGAUGGACAAAAUUUACGAGUUAUCUGCAAUUUUUAUGUAUCAUUACAAUUAUAUUCAGCACAAUGACAUGGUUACUUCUUAAUAAUAUGGUUUAUAUUGAAAGUAUUGGAUUAUUGGCUGUACUUAUCGAAGCUCUUCUUGGUAUACCUCAAUUUAUACGUAAUUUUCGUUUAAAAUCAACCGAAGGAAUGAGUGUAAAAAUGGUUCUUUUAUGGGCAGCCGGUGAUAUAUAUAAAACAGUUUAUUUUAUUCUACGAAAUGCCCCGAAACAAUUUUUACUAUGUGGUAUAUUACAAAUUACUAUUGAUUUUGCCAUACUCCUUCAAGUUAUUGUAUAUUCAAGAAAUACUCGACCUCGUGGACAAUGA